UAUUUUUCCCAGCGGACAGGUCUUUGGGGUUUUAUUUCAUCAAUUUAAUCAAGUUGAGGUGUGAAUAAUAGCGAUUGUGACGGCGGUCGCGGCCAAUUGAUUGCCGCCUUCUCAAUCGCACCAAGCGCGGAGUUCUGUGGCGGACCGCUCCGCCGGAAUCGAGUGGCAAGAGUGCCACGAGACGUCGCCGACAGGCCAGCGCAAAACUCGGAAAACUCGAAAAAUGCGUGCUCCCGGCGGGCAUGUUAAAUCAAUAGUGGUGCUGGCGGCACUGGCAGCGCUCCUUACGGCCCCCCUGGCGGUCCUAGGGCGCAAGCAUCACCUGGAAGUCCGUAAUGACAGGCGCCAGUACAUCGCACUCAGCACCUUCGGGUUCUACAUCAACGGCCACCUGGACGUGCAGCUCAGCAAGCUGACAAUCGACGAGGAGCAACCCACGGAUGUGCUAGGUCUGUCGCUGGACAAGACUACCAUUGACCAGCUGAAUCCCUACCUGGACUCGCACCAGAACAAGUGCAUCCUGGAGGAAUCGUCAAAGACACAGAACAGCGGACCCAUUCUGUUCUUUGUGCUGGACCUUAAGGAGCUCAAAGUUCGCGUGAAGUGCUCCCCCGAGUGGGUCAACAUGCACAUCUACAACCAAAUCCCCUCCAGGACCAAGCGGAACUCGCGCAUGGCCAAGAUCAGCGAUUCGGUCCUGUUCCGCACCACACGCGAUAUCCAGCCCUACUCGGCCGAGGGUCCAGAUGACUUCAUGGAGGAACCCCUGGAGCAGGAGCCCACUGAACUGAAGUCCUCUUCGCCCGCUGCGGUGGCGGGCAAAAUUGAGUUGCCCAAGGAAGAGGUGGCUGCCAAGGUGGAUGCCCCAGUCCAGAAAGUUGAGGCGCCCAAGGAGGAGGCUGCCCCCAAGCCAGAUGUGGCUGCCAAUCUGAAUGCUUCUGCCAAGCAGGAGCUGCCUGCUCAACCAGAUACGGCCCCAAAGGUAGAGGAAGCCAUCGUCAAGGAAAAGAACGAAGUUGAGCCAUUGGAUGUAGUCGUCAAAAAGGAGGAAGCCCCUAUCAAACAGGAAGAAGCCCCAGCAAAGCCAGCAGCCGCAGAAGCGCCCAAAGUGGCGGUCCCACCACCACCCCCGGCUGCUCCUGCUCAAGAUGACACACAAGUUGACAAACAAAAUGAUGAAAGCGACUCGGAUGCAGCUCCAGCCAAUCCCUUUCCACACGAUGUUGACUCUGCGGAUGAUCUCUAUGGACCCGGCUCGUUCAAGCAGUCGCAAGAGGACCUGUGCAAAGACUCGACCAUGCCGCUCGUCAAGGAGACCAUAAACAAUGUGAACUAUUACGCAUUCAACUUCUCUAUGCUGGUGGCCACGCCCCGCGACGAGGGCCUGUACAACCUGUAUUUUCACGCCUGCCCCAACUACCACAGCUCGAAGAUCAUGUCGUUCAAUGUGGACAUUGAGGAGAACAACAAUGGCAACUACUUGUCGGCGGGGGAGAUGCCCCUGCCUGCCCUGUACUUCAUGAUGAGCCUGCUCUUCUUCCUCUCCGGUCUCUUCUGGGUGUUUAUUUUGAAAAAGAGCAAACACACUGUGUACAAAAUCCACUAUUUGAUGGCUGUGCUGGUGUUCCUCAAGUCGCUCUCGCUGAUGUUCCACUCGAUCAACUACCACUUCAUCGAGAAGCGGGGCGAGCAUGUGGAGACCUGGGCCAUCCUCUACUACAUUGCCCACCUGCUCAAGGGCGCCGUGCUCUUCAUCACCAUCGUGCUGAUCGGCACUGGCUGGACUUUCAUCAAGCACAUUCUCUCGGACAAGGACAAGAAGAUCUUCAUGAUUGUGAUUCCGCUGCAGGUGCUGGCUAACGUGGCCCAGAUCAUUACGGAUGAGUCGGACCAGAGCGACGCCGAGUUCCGCACCUGGCACAACAUCUUCUUCUUCGUGGACCUGCUCUGCUGCGGCGCCAUUUUGUUCCCCAUCGUCUGGUCCAUCCGGCAUCUGCACGAGGCCUCUGCCACCGAUGGCAAGGCGGCCACCAAUCUGCGCAAGCUGAAGCUCUUCCGCCAGUUCUACAUCAUGAUCGUGUGCUACAUCUACUUUACGCGGAUCAUCGUCGACCUGCUGCAGAUGACUGUGGUGUUCCAGUACGCCUGGCUGGACGAGAUGUUCCGCGAGAUGGCCACCUAUGUGUUCUUCGUGCUCACGGGCUACAAAUUCCGCCCGGUCUCAUCGCACCCGUACUUCACUGUGCCGGACGAGGACGAGGACGACGACGAGGUGGAGGUGCUUACCGAAUCCGGCCUCACGGAGACGGUGCACCGCGUGAAGGCGCUGAAUCGGAACCACAGCAGCGGCUCGGGCGGCAUCACCAUCAUCGAGGGCAACGACGAUGAGCGCGAGAAUCUGAUUUCCAAGCGGGAAUCAAGCCAUGAGUACGAUUAGGCACAGCAUCGCUAGUAGUAGAUCGAGCUGCAUCACCCAUAUUCCCUGCAUUAGUCCGUAGUCUGUAGUCUCCGGGGUCUGAUAUGUGACGCAUACCUUGAGCCACAAGCUAGUACUCUACCCUUACUUUAAUCUGUAUGUUUUAUGUUCGGAGUAGCUUACGAUAAAAAUCAAAAACUAAGUAAUGCGAUGGCAAUGGAGGGCAUAAUCUCAGUAUGUGAACUUGUAUAGGGCAACGUUUGGUGGCGCCCAGCCGCCCCUCCACCUCCUUCUCCAGCGCCCGUCCAGCCGCCAGCCAAGGAAACCUUGUAAAUAAAUAAAUAACUAAUUAAUGAAACCGCUUAACGGAAUACUGAACGCUUGUGACACCCAGGCCCCUUUCCUUGGUUUAAUAUAUAUAUAUAAAUAAAUACACUUAGGUAAUUACGUAUAAUUUUAUGAAUAUAACAAAGCUUUAAUAUGUAAA